CAUAUCCAUAGUGUAGCUUGUUACUUUCGUACAUUGAUAAAGUUCACGAAGGAGGGUAGUGUCAUUAAUCGAGGAAGAAGAAAUUAUCGCAUCCUGACAAGAUGUCGUUUUGCGGUUGGUCUGGCAGUGAACAUUAUAAAGAUCAUUUCGAGACAGGUACCUAUGUGUGUUCUGCAUGUAACAAUGAGCUGUUUCACAGCAGGUCAAAGUUUGAGCAUUCCUCUCCAUGGCCAUCCUUCACAGAGUUGAUACGACCUGACAGCGUGUCACGUAGAACAGAGUCACCAAGAGCUGUGAAGAUUUCCUGUGGCAAAUGUGGCAAUGGACUGGGGCAUGAAUUUAUUGGUGAUGGACCCAAGAAAGGCCAAUCGAGAUUUUGAAUAUUCAGUGAAUCUCUCAAAUUUGUUUCUAGUGAUAGACUGAAGUCCACAUCAUAGAUAGUGAGUCCAGGUGCAGCCUCCGAAUCUCAGGAUUUUCUACCUCCACACCCCAUCUUGACAACUGACUGAACUGCACAUUCUCUCCGUCUCUCCAAACUUUCCCACUCCGCACUCUAUGUUCUCACUUGUCUGACUACAAACGGAUAUUAGCCAUUUUGUAGACAAGACCUGUCAGUUUGUUUGAUUUUAGCCUUUUUGAAAGUUUAAACUUUAAAAAUGAAAUGUGACAAUGGCUACAACGGUGUCUUGGGAAGGUGGACUAUUCCCUUGGUACCCUUGCUUUUUACUCAUUGUAUGGCUCUUUAUAACUGUCAAAUUGUGCCUGCCUCAUGUCAGAAUGCAUCUACCUGAGGCAAAGGUGUUAACUGACUGUAAAGGUCCAUGUUUACCCUUACCAAACUAGGCUGGAAUUUCUGGGCUCAAUUGUAGCGCCACCAGUGGCUAUUACGACUUAUGUCUCUUCUACAUGCUCUAUAUUCUUCCUAUUGACCAAUCAUAUUCCACUUCUCAUAUCACUUGCAUUUGCUUCAAACAAAAUGGUGGUGGCCAGUCAGGACGAUCUGAACGAUAAUCAAGAUCUAUAUUGUGAUAUAAUUGGCCUUACUUCACAAAGUACGUCAAAUCAUGUGCGCACCUUGGUUAAAAACAUGAAAAGAUUUGGCACACAUGCUUUGCAAAUCCUUCAAUCAUUUUACACACCAGAUGUCGAUAUAGUUACACGAUUUUGAUUGGCCUAUGCAAAGACUCGUUAGACCAGCCAAACUAUAUCUUCAUAAUUCCAGCCGAGUUCGGCAGGGUGUAAACUGGACUUACAUAGUCAACUAACUCUCUUGCCUCAGGAACAUGGUCAAAAUGUGAUUUACAACGCUUUUAGAAUUUUUGGCCAAUGUUUCUUGUUUAUAGAGUAAUAGCAUUUUAAGUACCGGUAUGACAAUGAUAUUUACAUGGAAUGGGGUAUUUGGACUUUAUCAAAUACCUUGUUUAUCUCACUGGGUAACCUGAUAAGGUUGAUAUUUCCACUUGCUUAAGAGUAUAAUAUGCUCCAUUGUAAAUUCAACUUUGGUAACAAUGAGAGAUCAAAUUAUACCAGUUAAUUCAAGUUUUCACUUAUAGCUAUUGUUUUUUAACUUGGUCAUUGCCUCACAAAAGCUUUUCUGUCUGAAGUCAAUGGGGACCUUUUUUCCAUUGUCACAUACAUGUAUGUUUCAAUAGAGGGGGCUGUGACCUGUCACAAUGAAGCUGUCCAGUCCCACUGACCCCUCUCUGUACCAGUUCGGAGCGUGUGAAGCUGGGUGGCCAGAGCCCCCUGUGGGAAAGCCCCCAAGUGGAAGUAACUCCGUCUGGCACAGAAUUGGGCCACUGAGAAUAUGGAGAGCUUUGAUACAACAGAGAAGGCUUACGGGUGUAUUGUAUAUAUAUAUAUACUGAUAAUUUAUAUUUCAUGAAGUACUCAACACCAUGGUAAAUACUAUGGCCAUGUAUCAGCCUCUUUCUCUGCUGUAUCAGAUGUUUUUGAUUGCUUGUUUCUGUUGUUUAACUCCGCACUCAGCAAUAUUCCAGCUAUAUAUAUAAUAAUUCAUAUCAUGAGCAUAGAUACACGCAAUUGGGAUGCAAUGACAAGCAUCAACCAAGUCAGCGAGUACAUAGAUCUAGUAUUGUUUUUUUGGGGGGAAAGGAUUUCUUCUUUUCUGGCACUGUGAUAAAGCUCCUGCAGGGCAAGGUUAUUACUCUUCUACACUUUUGGUUGCACACUUUUUUGUUUGGAUUUGAGAAAACUUGCUCAGCUGAUCACAAAUGAAUGGUAUCUUUUAUGAGACUUUCUCUAAUCUAAGUAUUAGUAGUAGUAAAUACAACCCACGAUUAGUGAUGACACCUUUGGUAACAGGCUCUGUUUUCUAGUGGUGUGUUGCUGAAUAUGCAAGAAAAUAUUAUUGUAGUACAACUGUUGCAAACAGUGUAAGACUACACUUUGAACACAAAUACUUUCCUUUGGUUUUUCCUUGACCAUGACCAACUAACAUUACAGCAGAUGUACAUACAUGUUCUGGGGGGUGUACCACACCUGUGCCAAACAGUCCUGUAACCAAGUUGUUGAUAUCCAACUGUGGAAACAUAUCAAUUGCAUGUACAAAGUAUGUAAAAUAGUGUACAAGGAAUAUGCAAGAAAUGAGCUGGAUGUUAUUUGUGUUGUAAGAUCACUAAGAGCUUAUGCAAUUCUUUUGGGGGAGGAAAUAACCUCUGAUGCAAUGUCUCCCCUUUCUGGGAAAGUUGAUAUAAAUAAAACUGUAAUUUUA